AUGAACGACGCAUUCCAUUGGACCUAUCAUGGUCAGAUUAUUCUGUUUAAGGGAUGGAUAACAGAUAGUGCAGGUGCCUAUAUUGGUACCCUGAUAUUCGUCUUCUUCAUGGGACUCUUCUCAGAGUUCCUUACAUCCUACAGACAUUCAUUGAAUUACGACAAAUCACAAAUUGAAGAGACCACUGCUUUGAUCAACUCAGACACUGAAGGCUCACCAGCUACUCAAACAUCGUCUAUUGUAAAGACAUGGACACUGUUUAGAGCCACGCACUAUUGGAAGACCAUCACUCAUAUCAUUCAGUAUGUAAUCAAUUACUUUAUCAUGCUUAUGGUCAUGUCGUUCAAUGCAGGCAUAGGUAUCUGUGCACUCGGUGGCAUAGGCACCGGCUACUUCUUCUUUGGCAAAAGACGUGUUGCCGAUCAAAUCGCAGAGGAAGAGCUCUGCCACUAG